UUCAGAAAACUUGGCCUUGAAAUGGCCAGAAACACCGGAAACGGAACAUGAAAUCUUCCGAGACUCGGUAUGAAAAACUUCGUUUCCCAAAAGUCAAAGCGGCUGAUGCGUUUCCUUAACAACGCGAUGGAGCGGUGAAGCCUGAUUUACUUGGUAACAGAGUCCCGGUCGUACCGUCAAAUGUCCAGUCAACAUGAUGUAGCAGCAGCAGCAGCAGCAGCAGCUGGUGACAUGUCCCGACCCAAAGCUGUUGUACCAGACACGUCGGUUCAUCAAAAUGCCCGGGUGCGAACUGACGUCUCCCGAGUGUCCAGGUCAGAGCUGGAGGACCGGUUCCUGCGUCUGUACGAGGAGUCCUUCCUCUUCAAACAGCACAUCCAGACACAGGAAGACAAGAUCAAACAACUGGGAACUAAACUGGUGAAGCUGGUGAAGGACCGUGGACGGAUGGAGCAGCUGGCUGCAGGAGGGGCUCAGCCCGUCCCUGGAGUUCGAAACGUAGAGAUGGAGAUGGUGAUGGAGGAACUCCAGGAGAAGGUCAGGGGACUGCAGACAGAGAAUGAGGGGCUCAAACAGCGCCUGCUAGUGGCCAAACAGCAGUUGAUGAAUUCCCAGAACAGCAGGCCACGUCCAUACAAACACAUCCCACCCAGGGUGAACUCUGGGUUAAAGAGGAGAGACGACUCUUCACCUGUCAGUCAUGUAAGACCAGGUCUGGAGGAGACCAGGUCCAAGAAUCGGAAUCUAGAGAAUGUGAUAGAGUCUCAGCGGCGCCACAUAGAGGAGAUGGAGGUGGAGUUUGAGCAGCUGCAGGUGGAGAUGAGGAGUAAGGAGGCGGAAUAUGAAGACCGACUUCAGCAGGUGCAACAGAUCAACAAACUCAGGUCCCACGUCAACGACAACGUGACGCAAAUCAAACUACAGAAGCUGCUGACGGACAAAUCCAACGCCGUCACUGAGCUGGAGGCUGAGCUCCAGGAGCACAAGCAGACCCUGAAGGCCGCCGUCCAGAAGUUGGACCACCUCUCUGAGCAGCUCAGACAGGAGAAGCAGAAGUGUCGGGAUCUGGAGACCCAGCUGCAGGUCUCCAGCAGCAGGCUGGAGCUGCUGCCGCAGCAGCUGAGUGAAGUAGAGCAGGAGAGAGAUCAGCUGAAGGAGAGCUACAACAAACUGAUGGACAGCAUCUUUGACACGUCUCAGCAGCAGAGGUGGCAGGUCCAGGAGCAGCAGCUGAAGCUCCAGAUCCUUCAGCUGGAGACGGCUCUGAAGGCCGACCUCCACGACAAGAACCAGAUCCUCCAGAGGCUGAAGGCUGAGCGGGAGAAUCAUGACAAACUGGUGGAAGAAAACAAGAAUCUUCAGCUUCAGCUCCUGGAGCAGAGAGAAGAAAACCGCUCACUGAUUGGUCGACUACAGUCCAACACCAAGGUGCAUGAACAUCGGACGGAAAGGAGUGAUCUUAGCUUCCUGGAGCAGGAGGAGGGAGGAGGGAGGAGCACCAGUACAGACAGCUGUGUCCAGGAGCUUGAGGCCGCACACGCUGAGACCAUCCUGGAGCUGGAGAAGGCCAGACACCUUCUGAUCACCGAGAGCAAGAUCAGCCAGGACUACAAGGUGGAGCUGGAGGCCAUGCAGCAGAAGAUGGACAGUGACAGAGUGAGCUACAGGCAGAAGAUGGACCAUCAGACCCAGCUGCUCCACACCAGCAACGCUAAGAUCAUGAAGCUACAAGCUCAGCUGAAGGAGAAGGUGUACUCCUCACCCAUCUUCAGAGCAGACCUCACAGGGGAGCACGGAGGAGAAGACUUGGACCAACCCCUGGGUCUGGAGUCUGGAGAAGCUCUGCUGGAGCUUCAGCUGGUCAGCGCCUCACUGUCUCCUGCUCUCCUCCACACUCUGGGGGACAGUGAACCCUACACCUUCUGCACCUACUCCUUCUAUCUAUUCAAGCUGCACUCCACUCCAGUGGUGAUGGGGCGCAGACCUCAGUAUGGCUACACCUCCAAGUACGUGACCAGCAUGAACCAAGACUUCAGAGACUACCUCCGCACAGACGUGCUCACUGUGGAGCUGCAUCAGGCCCUGGGCACCGACUGGAGGACACUGGGGGCCGGGCAGAUCCCACUGCAGCAGCUGCUGGAGCAGAACACAAAGGUCCAGGGGACGAUGGAGCUGGAGGGUUCUGAGUUUGGGUCUGUGGGAACUGUCACUUACUGGUUGAAGCUGUCAAGAGACUCCAGUGAUGUCAUCAGGUCUGCUCCAGACUCCAGUGAUGUCAUCAGGUCUGCUCCAGACUCCAGUGAUGUCAUCAGUUGUCGUCUGAGUCCAGAUCCACACGGUCUGAGUCCUGCACCAAAACCCAGACCAGAGUCUCAACCAAAGGACGGACCUGGGACCAAAAAAGUCACCUUUGUUAAUUCUGCUGCUGAAGAUGAACUGGCUGCAGGCAGCAGACUAACACCACCAUCACUUCCACCUCUGAAAAAGGUGGAGAAGGAAACAGUCUGGACUCCAGCUGCUGUAAAAACCGGAGAGAAAGACCAGGAUGAGGACAAGUCUAUCUUCUCGGUGGGUCAGCUGGUCCCUGGGUCCCAGUCGGACUCAGACGGUUCUGAGGAAGUCAGUGAAGAGGCUGCAGGUGAAUCGGCUCAGUCUGACAGUGAUGACAUCAUCGUUCACAGCCAGGCCACAGGGAGGAAGCCCUCAGAGCGGAUCAUGGUGGAGGUGGUUUCUCUCAGCUUGAGGCCAGAGUCCCGUGUGGCCCGUGACCCCAGUGUGGUACGUCUGUUUGUGGAGUACUCCUUCCUGGACCUGCCCACAGAAGAGACUCCCCUGUCUCUCCCCAAACCCACCCUGGGCAGGGGCAUCAACUUCAACUACAGCAAAGUUAUUCCUGUGGAUGCUGAGAACAACGCAGCCAGGAGACAGCUGCUGAAGACAGUCCUGCAGGGACAACGUCCUCACAUGGAAGAGAUCAGGUUCACCGUGGUGAGUGAGCCUCCAGAGGAAGAAGAACAGGACAGAGAGUGUGAGGAUGUGGGCGUGGCCUUCCUGAAGAUCCCAUCAAUCCUGGAGAGACAAGAGGAUCUGACCGACACCAGUCUGGACGUUGUGGACGUGUUGGACAGCAGUGAGGUGGUUGGGAGUCUGACGGUGUCUGUGGAAGGACUAGAGGCUCUGCAGGCCAUCAUGGAUGACCAGGACUUGACUACUUGACAACUUCCCUUCAGUUUUGUGUCCAGACUGGUCAGCUGUUCCAGGGUCUGACCCCCAGGAGAACAUGUGUCUGUGAAGAAGAAACAACACAAAAAUUGAGAGAGUUCCAGUAUCGAGUGGAUGACAGCCGAAAUUUCUAGCUUUCCAAA